AUGUCUACUUGUACUCAACGUGUAAUGAUGACAUUGAAAGAGAAAAAUGUUCCAUUUGAAUUAGUGCCUGUGAAUUUGAUGAACGGUGAACAAAAGAAACCAGAAUUUUUGAAAAAACAGCCAUUUGGAGUUAUUCCAGUUUUGGAAGAUGAUGAUUAUCUAAUUUAUGAAUCUCGUGGUAUCUGUCGGUAUCUUGAGCAAAAGUAUAAAGAUCAAGGAAGUGCCUUGACACCUAAUGUUACCGAUGUCAAAGCAUUUGGAAAAUUUGAACAAGCCGCAUCAGUUGAAAUAUUUAACUAUGAUACUUGUGCUUCGGGAAUCGUGUUCGAAAAGCUCUUUAAGAAAAUGAUGGGUCUCGGUGAAACUGAUGAAGCCAAAGUUAAACAGCUGACAGAAAAACUUGAACAAACAUUGAAUGUUUAUGAACAAAUAUUAUCCAAACAAAAAUAUUUGGCUGGUAAUGAAUUUACACUGGUCGAUUUGUUUCAUAUUCCUUACACAGCACAUCUUUUUAAACUUGGUUUUAACAAACAGUUUGAAGCACGGCCAAAUGUGAUGAAUUGGUGGAAUGCGUGUACCGAACGUCAAGCAUGGCAAGACACGUUGAAUACUAAACUCUAA